UCGACCAUGGGCGCCGGCCAGUCGGUGCCAGCCGACGCCGCCGCCGCCGCCGCGACGACAGCCUCCGUGAGCCAGAUCGAGAAAGUCACCUCGAUCCACGAGUUCACGAUCAGCGAGUACAGCCGGACCCGGGGCAUGGGGAUCGGCAAGUCGGUCCUGUCCCAGUGCUUCGACGUCGACGGCCGCCGCUGGUACGUGCGCUUCUACCCGGACGGCUACUGCACCGCCGACGCCGCCUGGGUCGCCUUCUACGCGCAGACGCUCUACAAGCCGCAGCUCCGCGCCGUGCGCGCCGAGUUCUCCUUCGCGCUCCUCAACGCCGACGGGGACCCCGUCUACACGCGCCGCUCCGACAGGGCCUGCAAGUAUGAUACCUUGUGUAAUAGCUGGGGAAUCCGACGGUUUAUCGGCCGGAACCAGCUUGAGGCCGCGGCGCUCGGCGCUGUUCAUGGAGAUGACUCGAUCACUGUUCGGUGCAUCGUGACUGUUCACAAGGACCGACGGAGGAGUCUGAAAAGCCGCCGCCUUUUUAAUCGCCAUGGUCUCCCUGAGGCUCCGCCGUCGUGCCACGCGGCGAAUUUCAUGAGGUUCCUCGCCACGGGCAAAGCGCCUUUUGACGUCAGGUUUGACCUCGGGGGCGAGGUCUUCGAGGCACACCGGAUGGUGGUGGCGGCGCAGUCGCCGUGGUUCGAGAGCCUGCUCUACGGCCAUGGGAGCGAGUCGAGAUCGAACACCGUGGAGAUCAACGCCGACACCGACGACGACGACGCCAUCACCCCGGCCGCGUUCGCCGGGGUUUUGUACUACAUCUACCACGACGAGCUCCCCGACGAGGCGUCGGCGGGUCCCAAGGCGUCGGCGUGGCUGAGGAAGAAGGCGUUCGAGUUCACCAUGGACCUUUUCGCCGCCGCGGACUACUGCCUGAUGAAGAGGAUGAAGCUCAUGUGCGCGGGGAGGCUGUGCGAGUUCCUCGGGGAAGACAACGUGGAGAUGCUCGUGAAGCUGGCCGAGUUGCACUCGUGCGAGGAGCUCGAGCAGGCGUGCAGGAAUUACGCUUAUUUUAAAGGGAUCAGCUUGGUGCCCAGGCCGCAGAUUCCGGCCACGACUGCUCCGACCACAGGGACCGAUGCCGUCGAUCCUGAUGCUGUUCCGGCGACAGGGUAAUUAACUGGAGGUGAUUAAGCUUGUGCAUGCAUGAUACUAUAUAUAGUGUUUAGUUAUACGUUAUGUAGUGGUAGCCUGCCAGAGUUGAGAUGAUGUUAAUUUAUUUGGCCUCGAUAGUUUUAUUUUCUGUUGGGAGGUCGAUCGAAAGUUUUGUAGUGAUUAGGCUAUACUUGCAUGCAUGGUAAACUGUUGAGGAUGCCAUA